ACAAAAUAUCUAGCUAUGAUUGUGAGUGAAUCUGAGAGUGAGUUUGUUUGUGGAACUCAAGAAGAUCAAAAACACAUUCACACUGAACUGAAUCUUCAUACCAACAAAAACAUGACCAUGCAAAUGUUCCAUUCCAACCUUAAUUAACAGUCAGUUGUCUGAAAACAUAGUUGUCUGUGUUGGAAGUCACUGUCUCCACUUUAACAACACUCUUCUUCUCAUCCCAACAACAAAUUCAUCACUUUCACUCACAUAUUCAUAUUAAUACCAUUUUCAGUUACAUUUUCUCUCUCUCUCUCUCUCUCUCUCUCUCUCUCUCUUUCUUAGAGAGAGAAAGAAAGAGAAGCAGAGUUAUUAAGGGAGGGGGGGUCCUACUGGUGUUUAUAUUUUUGUUGGCAACAACAGUCUCUAUCAAUGAUUUGGGUGGUGGUGUGUGGUUACUCUCUAUGAUCAAUUGACCCACCCAAUCAAUAUCAAUAUCACUCUUCUUUCUACCUUAACAUUUUUAUCUAAUUAACCAAUACUUCUUCUUCUUCACCUUUUUUCUUUUCUCUUGAGUCUUUUUCAUUGCUAGGAACACAAUUCAAAAGGUGAAAACGGAUCUCAUUCAUAUGAGGAGACCUUCAACUCUUGUGGAUGUGUUCCUGGUACUUGCAUUGUUCUGUUGUAGCUCAUGGAAAGUGUGGAGCAGCACACUAUGCAAAGAGACAAACUUGGACAAAGUUAGGCCUCAUAGUGUUAGUAUUACUGAAUUUGGUGCAGUUGGCGAUGGGAUCACUCUCAACACAAAAGCUUUUCAGAAUGCGAUUUUCUACCUAAAUUCUUUCUCAGACAAAGGUGGAGCCAAGCUCUUUGUUCCAGCCGGUCGGUGGUUAACCGGUAGUUUUGAUCUCAUUAGUCACCUAACUUUGUGGUUGGACAAGGAUGCAAUAAUUCUUGGAUCAACGAACUCUGAGGAUUGGCCAGUUGUUGAUCCUCUACCGUCUUAUGGGCGAGGAAGGGAGUUGCCGGGUGGAAGGCAUAGGAGUCUCAUCUAUGGAUGUAAUUUGACUGAUGUUAUCAUAACAGGUAAUGAGGGGAUUAUCGAUGGUCAAGGGAGUAUCUGGUGGAGCAUGUUUAGGAACAAAACUCUGGAUUAUACGCGUCCGCAUUUGGUAGAAUUGAUGAAUUCAACCAGGGUUCUUAUUUCAAAUUUAACCUUCUUGAAUUCUCCAUUUUGGACUAUUCAUCCUGUAUAUUGCAGCCAAGUUACAGUUCAGAAUGUCACGAUCCUUGCUCCUCUUGAUUCACCAAACACAGAUGGGAUCGAUCCAGAUUCUUCUGAUGAUGUGUGUAUUGAAGACUGUUAUAUAAGCACCGGCGAUGAUCUGAUUGCCAUCAAAAGUGGGUGGGAUGAAUAUGGAAUUGCAUUCGGUCGUCCCAGCACAAAUAUUGUCAUCCACAGGCUUGUUGGAAAAACUCACACAAGCGCAGGGAUAGCUAUUGGAAGUGAGAUGUCGGGUGGUGUAUCAGAUGUUCGUGCUGAAGAUAUUCACUUUUAUGAUUCAUAUACUGCAAUCAGAAUAAAGACUUCACCUGGAAGAGGUGGUUAUGUUAGAAACAUCUACGUCACUAACAUGACCUUGGCUAAUGUUGAUAUCGCUAUUCGGUUCACUGGCUCAUAUGGUGAUCACCCAGAUGAUGCUUAUGACCCAAAUGCUUUACCAGUAAUCGAAAAGAUUACAAUCGAGGAUGUGAUAGGUGAAAAUAUCACAAAAGCAGGUCUUAUAGAAGGUAUAGAAGGUGACAAUUUCGUCAACAUAUGCUUAUCAAACAUCACCCUCAAUGUGAGCUCAAACUAUCCAUGGAACUGCUCUAACAUUAGAGGAUACUCUGACAUGGUUUUUCCGGAAGCUUGUGAGCCGCUCAAGGAGAGGAUAUUCCCCGACCAUUGUUCAGACUGUUACUAUUUGUCAAAUCACCGACAAAGUUCAAAUAAUCAAAACAGAGGACAAAAAUUUCACUUGACAUAAGAAGUUGAGUGGAGUUGCUGAUUUGUGAUUUGCUCAUCUGCAGAAAGAUAUACCGAGAGAUGAUUGUUUCUUGUAACGUUGUGUGCAGUGACAAAUAAUUGAGUGAUUUAUCAGAAAAAAAAAAAUAGGAAGUUGAAUUAUUUCAUGCCCUGCUUUUUCUAGCUACCUUUGGCUUUGGUAAAGAGAAAAAAAAUGAAAAUGUUGUGUCUCUUUUUGGUUCUAAGGGAAAAUAGUGUGUUUGUUGGUAAAGGUGAGAUAUGGUUAUUCUUCUGACACAAUUCCCUUUUGCGACUAUGUUGUUGGACAUGGAGGAUUUUGGACAAGUUGGAGGCAGGUAGAGUAGAUGUUUGUUUGAAUAAGGAAUCCAAUAACUAAACUUCAUAUAAAGGUGGAAUCUAAUCAAUUACAUCCUUUUUUACACAUAAUAAUAAAGAGUUAUUUGUUUUCAUUUUUUUUAUUUUCGGCUGGUAGUUACUUGCUGGUGGUGGCCUCAGGAUCUUAUCUUGCUGGAAAGCAAAAUGAGUGUGUAAAGGCAUAAGUUUGGAAAUAGAAUUAGAUUCUCUGCUGUAUAUGCAUUUAAAGAUCUCGAUUGUCUGAUCUCAAAUCAAUGGUCAAAAUAAUUUGGAAUUAAA